UGUGAGUGGAGAAUGCAACGGCUGCCGUGAUCUGGCAUACUUUACUGGAACUGUACAGCGUCACUGCGAUCCAGGCACCGGAAUCGGCUUAAAAUCGAUAGAAAAUAUGAUGCAGUUUUCUUGGGAUAAUUACAAGCGCUACGCCUGGGGCUCCAACGAACUGCGUCCCGUCUCUAAGCAAGGCCACUCCAGCAAUUUGUUUGGUAGUCUCAAAGGAGCCACCAUUGUGGAUGCGCUGGACACGCUCUACAUUAUGGAGAUGUAUGACGAGUUUGAGGCUGCUACCGAGUGGGUGGAAAUGAACCUAGACUUUAACAUGGUAAGACUCAAACCUUUUAUACUAACUUUUGUUGAGCCG